AUGGACUUUUUCGAAAUUAGUAGCCAAACCUCUUCUGACGCCAGUGAAGUGAAAAAUGGUAACAGCAGGAGAAAAUAUCUAGUGGCGCCAUUUGAACAAGAAGAAAGAGAAUUUUACUGUGAAUGUCAAGCUUGUGAGUACGGUGUAAAAUAUGGCUGGUGGAUGCCCAAGUUUUUUUUCUUUGGGGUAAUAUUCCCAUUAUUCUGGAUUGCCAACAUUGGAAUAUACAUAGGUACGCAAUUAAUCACAUCCCAUGAAAUAACUCAUUCUGAAUUGCAAGAUGACGAGCUACCCACACUCUACGAACAAGAACUGAUCAGAAAACGUAGUGAUCUAGAGAUCAAUAGCAUUUCUUCCAAUGAAAACAGUGAUAGCGACGAUACUAUCACCAACCCUUUUGAUGAUCUCAAUACAAUCAAAUCUAAAACUCGUUCAAGAUCCAUGACAGAUAGCGAUAGUGUAGACCUCAGCAGGUUCAGGGCAGUAUUCCUCAGAAAAACUGCCGAACAGAUUGUAGAAUCCCACGAUUCUACUAGAUCCCACUUCAAUACAUGGACUUUAAGAUCAAUCAUGGCAACAAUAGUAUACGGUAUACUCAUCGCACUCAUAAUAAUAGCAUGUAAGAAAUCAAGCCAUUGA